UGGCGAGUGGUGUGUCAUGUCAGUCCUAAUUUCAUUUUACAUUUUUACAAAAACUGAUUAUCUCAUCGCGACAGUGCCCCUUUCGUAAUCAAAAUCGCGUAGGAAAUCCCUAUCAGCAUCUCAGCGUUUAUUUUUUCUACUGAUAUAAGCUGUUCAGCAGCUGUCAAGUAGACAUGAAAGUCUGGGGUGCUCACGGCGAGUUCUGCGCGAAACACCAGUGGGAGGUCAUCGUCGCCACACUCGCCUUGUUGGCUUGCGCUGCCAGCGUUGAACGCCAUGGCCCCGGGAUCAGAUCCGAACGGUGCGCUGGCUGGGCCCGCGCCUGUCCUGGCCUCGAAGCGGAGUACCAAGCGGCAGACGCCGUCAUCAUGACCUUCGUCCGCUGCGCUGCCCUCCUCUACGCGUAUUACCAAGUCUCCAACCUCCAGAAAAUCGCGUCGAAAUACCUUUUGAUCAUUGCUGGAGUGUUCUCUACGUUUGCAAGCUUUAUUUUUACAUCAGCGCUUGCGGGGUUGUUCUGGAGCGAGCUAGCCAGCAUCAAAGACGCCCCGUUCCUAUUUCUGCUAGUCGCAGAUGUAGCUAGAGGCGCCAGAAUGGCCAAAGCGGGCUGGUGCGCCGGUGAAGACCAAGGAAAGAGGGUGGGAAGAGCCUUAGCGCUUCUUGGACCCACAGCAACUCUGGAUACCUUACUAGCAGUUCUUUUAGUGGGUGUCGGUGCGUUAUCAGGAGUUCCUAGAUUAGAGCACAUGUGUACAUUCGCGUGUCUAGCUUUGUUAGUGGACUAUCUAGUGUUUGUGACUUUCUACCCUGCGUGUCUAUCACUGGUGUCAGAUUUUGCUUCUGGGAGAAAAGACAUGACUCGUGACAGCCCAUUUUCGGAGGCCGAUAUGAAACCGAACCCAGUGGUGCAAAGAGUGAAAAUGAUAAUGGCAGCUGGUUUGCUGUGCGUUCAUUUGACCAGCCGAUGGCCAUGGAGCGUCGAUAAUGGCAUAGUGGAAGGCCCAAGCGACAAUCUGACUCCAUCAACCCAUGACAAUGUUCUCUUCCAUUCUUACGUCAAAUGGUUCUCAGUCAGCGCCGACUAUAUCGUCAUAGCGACUCUGUUAUGCGCUUUAAUUAUAAAAUUCAUAUUCUUCGAAGAACAGAGGAACUGGGUGAUCGAUAUGAACGAUAUGACAGUGAAAGAAGUGAUACAGAAUGAGAAGGAAGACGCUUUGAAUGCUAGAAAGCCUAUGUUCUCUUUAGGAGACGACACCAGCUCGGAAGUGUCCACCCAAACAGAAGAAACUACUUCUGUUGAAGAAGAUCUGUGGCCCACAUUAUCCCCAAGCUCCUCUGCAUCGAAACUGAACUCUAAAAAGCGGCCGAUGGCCGAGUGUUUAGAAAUAUACAGAUCUGAGGGAGCAUGUACCUCUUUGAGUGACGAAGAAGUGGUAAUGCUCGUGGAACAAUCUCAUAUACCUUUGCAUAAGUUAGAAGCUGUGUUAGGGGAUCCGCUUCGAGGCGUCCGUUUGAGACGCCGAGUCAUCGCUGCUAGAUUUGACAACGAAACCGCGAUCAAACAACUGCCGUACCUAAACUACGAUUAUAGUAAAGUCUUGAACGCGUGCUGCGAAAAUGUCAUUGGUUUUAUUGGAGUCCCCGUAGGAUACGCUGGACCUUUAGUAGUAGACGGGAAACCGUAUAUGAUCCCAAUGGCUACGACCGAAGGAGCUUUGGUUGCGUCGACGAAUAGAGGAGCGAAAGCAAUCGGUCAAAGAGGAGUGACUAGUGUAGUUGAAGACGUGGGAAUGACCAGAGCACCGGCUGUUAGGCUUCCGAACGUUGUGAGAGCUCACGCCUGCCGUCAAUGGAUGGAUAACAAAGACAACUACGAGAUUAUCAAAGAAGCUUUCGACUCUACCUCACGUUUUGCCAGACUGCAAGAGGUCCACAUAGGUGUAGACGGUGCAACUCUCUAUUUACGCUUCAGAGCAACCACAGGAGACGCUAUGGGCAUGAACAUGGUCUCUAAAGGCGCCGAAAAUGCCCUCAAACUCCUCAAAAAAUACUUUCCUGAUAUGGAAGUUAUAAGCCUCUCUGGAAAUUACUGUUCUGACAAGAAAGCUGCGGCGAUCAACUGGGUCAAAGGCAGAGGGAAGAGGGUUGUCUGCGAGACGGUAAUCACCGCUGAAAGUUUGAGGAACAUAUUCAAAACUGACGCCAAAACUCUUGCUAGAUGUAACAAGAUUAAAAAUCUUUCUGGGUCUGCAUUAGCUGGGUCCAUUGGAGGCAAUAACGCUCAUGCAGCGAAUAUGGUGACCGCGAUAUUCAUAGCGACAGGCCAAGAUCCGGCUCAGAAUGUCACAAGCAGCAACUGCUCAACCAGUAUGGAGGUUUACGGCGAAAAUGGAGAGGAUUUGUAUGUGACUUGCACUAUGCCGUCUUUGGAAGUGGGCACGGUUGGUGGCGGAACGGUUUUGACUGGUCAAGGAGCGUGUUUGGAGAUUCUCGGAGUCAAAGGAGCAGGUGUACGCCCUGCGGAAAACUCCGCAAGACUCGCAUCGCUUAUUUGCGCGACUGUGCUAGCUGGGGAACUGAGUUUGAUGGCUGCGCUCGUCAAUUCGGAUCUCGUGAAGUCGCAUAUGCGUCACAACAGAUCCAACAUCAACGUACCAAACACAGCUCACGCGGAAUACAACACAAUCGCUUUAGAAGUGCCUAAAUUAUAACCUCGGAAGAUGGUUGUAGAACGCAACUCGAAUAUAGAGGCUUGGCAUACAGCCAAUAUCUUUACGCCUAAUGUAUUAACCUGUAUUAUAAGUAGUUUAGGAUAUUGUUGGUAGAUUACGAAGACGGUUAACGUCUGGUCAGUCCCGUAGGCGAUUAAAGUGUUCAACAAUUACUUUCUACUAUGAUAAGAUAGGCUAAAAACUAUUCCAGUGCUUCGAGCCUUUGUCUCGUUAAAAUCGUGGCUUAAAGGCAACCUCAAAUCGGUACUUAAACUUUAAAAGAUAACUAUGUUAUGGCCGUAAGUUAAGACUGGAUUUAAGUCCUUCUCAUGAAAGAAGUUCAACGUAUUUUCGUGGAAUAAUACACAGUAGCCUCAUGGUUGAAGAUUCUCAGGAAUUGGGAAUAUUCCCACCGCUGCAACUCCUGUACAACCAGUGAAGUUUAACUAUCCCAGUGGACUUAGAUCAGAAAGA